AUGUACCCUCAACUUACCUUAGCAGUUUUAGUCACCACGGCGUUUGCAGCAGAAAUUAACUUGACCGGGGGGCCAGCUGCCGCGAAUGCCAAUACUUUCACCACACAGCCUGGCGCUCAAAUGACCAACAAUGCCGCUCCUUCAAUCGCUUCUGACGCUGCUGACACACCUGGAAAUUCCACAACAACGCUUGACGGUUCCGGAUUACCCAGCACAGUCAACUCCACUGUGGCUAGUACUGAGCAUCCUGAGCAGGGCCCAUCGGGAUCUUCUGGAAACUCUACUAUCCCAGCUGGCCAGGCGCCAAUUUCUCCUGGGUUUGGCAGCAACAGCAGCAGUUCGGAUAAUACUACUUCAACUGGUGGUAUGGGCUCAUCAUCCAAUUCGACUUCUGGUAAUUCCACUGGCAGCGGUAGUGGAAGCAGCGGCAACGGUUUGUCAUCUCAAGCCGGGUCUGCCUUCAUCACAAGCACUGGCUCAGGGUCUAGUCCUAAAAGUAGUGGAUCCAGUUCUGGUUCCAAGAAUUCCAGCAGCUCCAAAUCUCAGCUAAGCUCAGGCGGCGCGCAAGCUUUGGGAGUUCCACUAGGUGCUGGGGCCUUGGCGGCUGCAAUGGCUUUUCUAAUGUGA